AUGGCGACCAUAAAACUUCCAUGGGGAGGCUUCGUCCAAGCUUCUCUCACCAAGCACGCAGUCUCCGAGCACGCAGUUCUCCAAGCACGCAGUCUCCGAGCACACAGCUCUCCAAGCACACAGCUCUCCGAGCACGCAGUCUCCGAGCACACAGCUCUGCAAGCACGCAGUCUCCGAGCACACAGCUUUCCAAGCACGCAGUCUCCGAGCACACUGCUCUCCAAGCACGCAUUCUACGAGCACACAGCUCUCCAAGCACGCAGCUACCCGAGCACGCAGUCUCCGAGCACACAGCUUUCCAAGCACGCAGCUCUCGUAGCACGCAGUCUCCGAGCACACAGCUCUCCAAGCACGCAGUCUACGAGCAUACAGCUCUACAAGCACACAGCUCUCCAAGCACGCAGUCUCCGAGCACACAGCUCUCCAAACACGCAGUCUACGAGCAUACAGCUCUCCAGGCACACAGCUCUCCAAGCACGCAGUCUCCGAGCAAACAUCUCUCCAAGCACGCAGUCUCCAAGCACACAGCUCUCCAAGCACGCAGUCUACAAGCACACAGCUCUCCAAGCACGCAGUCUACAAGCACACAGCUCUCCAAGCACGCAAUCUCCGAGCACCCAGCUCUCCGAGCACGCAGUCUCCAAGCACACAUCCCUCCAAGCACGCAGUCUCCAAGCACGCAGUCUCCGAGCACACAUCUCUCCAAGCACGUAG